CAACAACAACAUUUGCGGUACACAAAAAUCGAUAGUGACGUCACUUGGGGUGGGGUGUAUAUAUAUGUGUGUGUGCGUGACAAUUUCAUUUUUAUUCACUGACUUAUUUAUUUAAUCGAUUUGACAUUAUUUUGAGCAUAUAAGGAUCGUGUGAUUUACCAGAGACAACUAAAGCCUCGUUGGGGCCGCAGGUUACAAAUCCCCAAGUCAUUUCUGCAGCACUUAUUUGUUAUUUAUAUUAGAAAAUGGGUUGCUGCUGAUAACAGCUUUUGUUUUAUCUGCGCGGUUAACACAGUUUUCCGAUUAUUAACUAUAUAGCGAAUUAUCCGAUCCACAGGUAGCCUUGUUUAUUCGUCUAAUAAUAUAUAUAAAAGAAUUUCCGAGGUACUCGGUGCUUAAGAUUCAGAAAUCCGACCGGUUCGGUUAGCAAUUCGUAGCACAAUAAAAAAAUCUCUCAAUCUGUAAAGUUCUCAAUUUCUAACUCGCGAGUGCGCAGAACGACUUUAACCCCUAUUGAGUGCCGGGGGUUGAGGCGACCACUUCAAAAUAUUCAUCAUGCUGCGACGACGUAGUGCUGCGAAUACCAAGCCUGGCUUACUAUGUCUGCCCGAUGAUGUUCUAAUGAUAAUUCUAAGUUAUCUCGACUUGAAGACCCAACUAAAACUGAAAGACUUUCAUUUCCGGUUUAAGAAAUUAAUGCCGUAUGUGUGGCGUGCUUAUAACAAAUGUGCAUAUAUAUCCUUGAUUGAAAUGCAGCUGAGCGACAAGGAUUUGCUAUUCUUCCUGGAAAGUACUCAACAAAUCCUCAGCACUCUGCGGCUCAAAAUGAAUAAUAGAUCUAACUUCGAAACACUUACCAGCUGUAGUUUUCCAAAACUUAAAGAUUUUCGAUUUUCCACGCAUUCGUUUAACUUAAACGAUGCGGACGUGCCAAGAAUGUUGAAAACUUUUCCAAAUCUGACAACUUUUAGCCCCCAUGGAAAGUUUACUGGCAAACACUUUGAUGAAUUCGAGUUUCUCGAGAACCUCACGGUCUCCUACUGCAGCAAAUUCAAUGUCACCAACUUGAUACAGAUCCUGAAAACCAGAAAAAUAAAAUCCCUGAAGCUGGGUAUCUUCGAUAUUGACCAGAUUUCGAACACAGAACUGCCCUGGAAAGGGAUUAGAAACCUAGAGCAGCUGCAGUGCUUCCAGGAGGAAAUGAUGGUGUGGUUCCUAUCGAAACUGGAACGUCUAACUCACUUGAAGAAGCUAUUUCUUUGUGGUCACGUUAGAUACGGAUUUCUGAGAGAGAUUCUCAUAGCUGCGAAGAGAAGCACUAUAAAUAUGAUCGAGAUAAGCCAAAAUACAUCCAUAUUUUGUGAAACUUACGGUUUAAAUGUGGCUAUUAAGACCCUAAAGGUGGCUAAUUUUGGUAUGCAUGCGUAUCAGCAUCUUCACAUUAAUGUCAAUGAAUUUUAUAUACAAAAUUCGGUUUGUGUGGACGAAAUUAAGUUUCAUACCUUAAUACAAAACCUAAACACACACGAGGUCCUGGGUAUAUACCAUUGCACCUUCGGAUUUAAGGAGUUCACAUUCGAUGCGAAGAAACUGGGAGAAAACCGUACCACAGCACUUAAUAUUUAUGUGGAACUAAACACGUAUCUCAUGUCUAAUGAGGAUCCCAUCCCCAUGACCUGGAAAGUGCAAGGGGAACAUAGGCUUUUCAAGUUGCACAUGAAGCAUCCAAAAAUCACUUUUAACUCGGAUCCAGUUUCAAUUUACUUUGAUUGAGUUUGAUUGCCAAGGAACGAAGCUGUAGACUGAUGACUAGUUUGAUAUGCCAGCUGAGAUAGAUAACUUUAAAUGGCCGAGCCAAAUAAUUAGUUGUACGUUUUCCCUGGUUAUGGAAAAGAUUCAACCUUACCGGCGGAUUUCAAUGAGAAGUUUCCAGGAGUUCUUCAAUGCAAGCUCCUCUAGAAGCUGCCAAGGAUUGACAGUACUAUUAGUUACAAAAUAAAGGCUUAGUUUUAUUGAG